CUGUGAGUAAGUACAACCCACUUAGAACUGAAUGACAGAAACGCUUUUACUUCAUCUUUUGGUCUGUGAAUUCAUAAAGGUUAAACGUGCGAAUAGGUACUUCGUUUGCUUCGCAGUUAGUCAGUGGACACCUGCUUGAUCGUAAAGCUUAAGGACAGACAGACAGAAUGAUUGAUCUGCAAAAUUUAAAGCAGCCGUCAGUGGCCAUUAAAGCAGCUGAAGUCGUCCUGCUUUUCAUCGCCGUGUCCAUAUUCGCGGGCCACGGUACCCACUGGACCUACUUCGCCAUGAGCACGAUGCUGGGCAGUCUCCUCAACGCGAUCGUCCUCCUCGGGUGUUUCUUGCUGGGCUACAUGCAAAUUCAGAAGACCCCCUUUGAACUGGUGCUCAAUGUAUACUACACCUUGGCAGUGUUCGUGUCCUCCAUCUUACUCAUGGCGAGCGGGUACUCCCUCUUUGUGGCCAGUGGCGUCUUCUGCCUUUUCCUCACCUUCUUCUACGGCGUCGAUGUCUACUUCACUUACCUCAACGUGGCCAACAGACCGACGUCCUUCCCUCCCGCGUCCCAACCCGCCGGGUCCUCGCAGGGCGCGCAGGACACAGUAGACACUGCUGCCAAUCCGAACAACGUCUUCGUCACUAACCCGACUUAUCCCUCUACCAUGAACUACCCGCCGUCUACCGUGACCUACCCACCUACUGUGACCUCCCCACCUACCGUGUACUACCCGCCACCCGAAUACCCUGCUAACAGCCCAAUUGGACCCAAGCCCUAAUUCGGAACCGAUGGGCAUUAACGUUAAGGUAUAGAUUUGGGAGAAGGGGGGGGGGGGGAGCGAAUGUUUUUUUUUUUUUUUUUGUGCUGUCCCUUCAGAGAAACUUAUGGAAAUUGUGGUAUUACGCCUCUUUGUUGUACGUGUAGGAAGCUCGGCAAUUUUGCUUGUUUUUGUGAUCUUGAUUGAUAUUAAAAAAUGUACUUGCCAAGAGUGCAAAGCAUACUGUACAUAGGUGACUUGUACUUUUGAGAGGUACAUUGUUUACAGGCAAGUGAAAGAGAGAAACGAUGAGUGAUAUUUGGUGUUAUAACUGUCCUAUUAAUCCUGAGAGAAAACAAGAAACAUUCACACUCGUACACACACACAUACACACGUGCGUAUUCCGUUCAGAACCUGAUCUGAUAGCUUUGUCCAGUUAUAAGGACUUUUGUCACGUUAAUAAUAAGUGAUGUACUGGUAAAACCUAUUUCCAUUUUCUUUUGAUCUGUUUCAUAUGGUCUCUACUCGUUAGGGGCAUUGUAAUAAACUAUUUGAAAUAAAAUCCGAAUGAAG